CCUUGUUUUUAACUUAAAUUUCUAGGCUUUAGAUAAAAGAUAAAAACACCAAUCACGAUGAGCUCAUUUGCUCAGCCCGUGUAGCAGACUCUUUCAUACUGUUCCUUUUUUAUUUUCACUUUUGGGAUCACUCACCUUGAGAUUAGCUGCUGAUUCAUAUAAAUGCUAACUGGGGCUCGCUCGCCGCCCGCUCGCCUUUUCGUCUGUUUCCUGCGAGUGGGACUGAGCCUCUAAGGGCACGUGAGAGCGAGGCCUAGCAUGCCACGCUGUUCGAGAUUUCACCACGAUCGUAGCUUUCUCUGAGUCUCGGCUGUUUGCAGACGGCUGUGGGGAGAGUAGGGUUUCACACUGGACCCAGGAAAUAUAAUUUCCUUGCUGAACUGCCACCAGAGAGCUAUUUCUGCCAGCUGGUUUAAAAAUGUGACCCCCUUCUCCCUCUAUGUUUGCUUGUUUUGCUUCCCUGCUCCAAACUAGAAUUUCAGCUGGGGAAUAGAAGAGCUGCUGUUUAACACAACACAGAUCUUGUUGUGUUUUUAGUCAUUUCAGCCUGUGGAGUUUCACAUUAGUAGGGCUGCUGAUUUUAGUUUCUUCCAAAAUGAACCUACAGAACAGGACAUUCUUUCAAGCUCUUAAUAUGCUAGAAUCUUCUGUUGUCCAUGUUAAUCUAUUGUUUUCUGUAUAUUUUGUUCAUAUGAAUUUCUGCAAAGUAGUGUUUGACAAUUUCCUUUAUCAUGUUUAGAUAUAUUUAUGUGAAACUUAAGCAUUAGUGUUUGAUACAGUAGCAGGCUUUUACGUGAAAUAGUUAUUGUAACUGGUAAAAUAUUUUCCAUAAUUAGGGCUUAUGUAUCCAUUGCUGACUUCUGCUGAUCUAUUUUUGAUCUAGUGAUAAUGUACUAAGGAAAUUACAUCAGAACUUUGCCUCUUUUUUUCUUUUUUUGAAGUGCUGGUGGUGUUAUUUUAACCUGUGUUCUAUAUUUAUGUUGAUUAUUUAGGACCCUAAUUGGUUUUAGCAUUGGUGUUUUUACAUUAUUAUUUUCAGGUUUUUUUUGUCCCUGAAUGAUUCUGCUUUUAAUUCAGUAGGUAUACUAGUGUUUGUGCUUGAAAGGAUCUGUUCCUUCUUUUUAAAAUGGACACCGGAACAUUAUCUUUUGGCUCGCACUCAGAUUAUUUUAAGAAGGCUGUGCAGAACAUUCCGUGGAUGUCUUUUUUUUUUUUUCUGUACCUUUCAUUUAAUUCGAAAAUUCUCAGACUGAAUAUUUGUAUGUCGGCCUGAAAUGAUUGUUUAAUUUGUGAAGAAUAUCUGCAUUGCAGCAAAAUGUCUAAGAGAGAGAAGGUAGCAAUGAGCUGUGUGGCACAGCGCAGCCGCCCAAUCAGACCCCUCCGUGCGGCACUCAAACCAAUCGCUGCCACAGCCGAGGUUAAAGAUUGACAAUUGCAGUGUAGCAGCAGGGAGAGCAAGGCCCUUCUGGAAAAUUCUGCAACCAUCUUUGUUUCAUCCCAUCCAGCCAAAUUUUAAAGGCCAGGGUGAAGAAUUGUCUUGUUUAUUCUGUGCAUUAAGACAAGCUUGGCUGAAGAAGAAAUAAAAACGGAGUCGGAUGUGGUAGAAGGGAUGGACGUUUCCACGCGAUCCAAAGAUCCCAGCCUGACAGAAAGGGCAGCACAAAAACGAAAGCCCAGUCCUUCCCACUCAUCCAAUGGGCACUCGCCUUCAGAAAUGUCACCCAGCCCCAUCAAAAAGAAAAAGAAACCGGGAUUAGUAAACAGUAGUAACAAAGACCAGUCAGAGCUAAGACAUGGUCCCUUUUACUAUGCGAAGCAGCCACUCACCACAGACCCUGUUGAUGUUGUGCCGCAGGAUGGACGGAAUGAUUUCUACUGCUGGGUGUGCCACCGAGAGGGCCAGGUGCUCUGUUGUGAGCUAUGCCCCCGGGUGUACCAUGCAAAGUGCCUGAAACUGGCCGCCGAGCCUGAGGGGGACUGGUUCUGUCCCGAGUGUGAGAAAAUAACAGUUGCGGAGUGCAUAGAAACUCAGAGUAAAGCAAUGACCAUGCUAACAAUAGACCAGCUGUCUUAUCUGCUUAAGUUUGCGCUCCAGAAGAUGAAGCAGCCUGGGGAUCCACCUCGCUCGUCUCUCUCCCCCCACGCAGCCGCCCAGCAGAGAAAACCUAUUAAUUGGACUGAACCAUUUCAGAAACCUGUAUCACUAGAGCAACAUCCAGAUUAUGCAGAAUACAUUUUCCAUCCAAUGGAUCUCUGUACAUUAGAGAAGAAUAUAAAAAAGAAAAUGUAUGGCUGCACAGAAGCCUUCCUGGCUGAUAUGAAAUGGAUAUUACACAACUGUAUAAUUUACAAUGGAGGUAAUCACAAACUUACAGCGACAGCAAAAGUCAUUGUAAAAAUCUGUGAACAUGAAAUGAAUGAAAUUGAGGUUUGUCCAGAGUGUUACCUAUCAUCUUGCCAAAAGCGGGAAAACUGGUUCUGUGAGCCAUGUAGCCAGCCCCACCCUCUGGUGUGGGCGAAACUUAAGGGGUUUCCAUUCUGGCCAGCAAAAGCUCUGCGGGAUAAGGAUGGACAAGUGGAUGCCCGUUUCUUUGGGCAGCAUGAUAGGGCCUGGGUCCCCAUAAAUAACUGCUACCUCAUGUCCAAAGAGAUCCCUUUUUCUGUGAAAAAGACAAAGAGCAUCUUCAACAGUGCCAUGCAAGAGAUGGAAAUCUACGUAGAGAAUAUUCGCAAGAAGUUUGGAGUCUUCAACUAUGCUCCGUUCAGGACCCCCUACACACCCAACAAUCAGUUCCAGAUGCUACUGGACCCCUCCAAUCCUGCGGCUGGUGUGGUCAAGACUGAAAAACCUGAGAAGAUCAAGUUUAACUUUGACAUGACGGCCUCUCCCAAGAUGCUUCUGAGCAAGAGCGUGCUGUCAGGUGGCACGAGUAGGCGGAUCUCGCUCACGGAGAUGCCCCGUUCUCCUAUGAGCACCAACUCCUCUGUGCACACAGGCUCUGACAUAGAGCAGGACAUCUCCGACAAAAGCAUGAAAGUCAUGCAUGGUCACUACAGCACUGGUGAAGAGUCCAUGGACUGCACAGCUUCUCCGGCUUCUGCAAAGACUGGGCAUGCGGGCAGUGUCACAGGCAGUCCCAAGACGUUUUCCCCACAGGCUUCCACACCUAUUGCCCCCAAGCAGGAGAGAGCGCCCCCUACUGGGAGCAUUCUCAAUCUCAAUCUUGAUAGGAGCAAAGCAGAGAUGGACUUGAAGGAGCUGAGUGAGACCGUACAGCAGCAAACGGCACCAGUAGUGCUGACUUCACCAAAGAGGCCCAUAAAGCGCCAUUUUCAGCUCAACUUGGAUAAAACCAUUGAGAGUUGCAAAGCACAACUUGGAAUCGAUGACAUUUCUGAGGACAUCUACAGAGGCGUCGAGCACAGCGAUUCGGAGGACUCUGAGAAGUCUGACUCCAGUGACAGUGAGUACAUGAGCGAUGAGGAGCAGAAGGUGAAGGACGGCCAGGAGGAGGCUGACAAAGACCAACCUGAAAAGGAUUCAAGGAAGAGGCCCAGGGUGCCAUCUCAAGGAGAAGGCGAGAGCAAGCUGGAUGUUCCAUCUAAGAAAGCGACGUCUGAGGUGCCAGCGGCGAAAGAGAAGCCGGGCGGCGAUGCUGAUAAAGAAGCUUCUGAGAAGAGCAAGAUGCUCCAGCACCCCAUUAAGAAGGAGAAGGAAGGGCCGUCCUGCACCACGGGGCUCGACAUGGACUCGGACUCUGAGAGAGAGCUGGUAAUAGACCUUGGGGAUGACCAGGCCAGCCAGGAGCACAAACGGAAUAAAAAGGAGCCAGCAGCAGCCACGACACCCAAGGACCCAGUUGUCCCUAAGACUGAAGGUAAACCCCUUUCAACCUGUAGUGCAGCACCUCCACCCUCGAGCGACACAUCCUCCUCUGCCCCCAGUGUGAAAGACCCUACUCGGUCCCCAAUUACCAUCCCCCUCAACGUGGUCUCCUUUGCUGCCACCCCCACGUCCAACCUGCUGCCCAACACGGCCACCACUGCAGGUUCCUCGCCAGCCGCAGCAGCGGCACCGGCCACUGUAAAGAAGCAGCGGCCCCUUCUGCCGAGGGAGACGGCACCUACCGUGCAGCGCACGGUGGUGUGGAACCCAGCUGGAAAGUUCCAGACUUCCUCACAGAAGUGGCACAUGCAGAAGGUCCAACGGCAGCAGCAGAACCAGCAGCCAGCUGCGCAGUUACAGAGUCCCCAGGCCCAGACGCCCUCACAAUCCCAGUCCUCGUCUUCCUCAGUGUCCUCUCCACAGCAGCCUUCCUCUAGCACCAGAUACCAGACAAGACAGGCUGUGAAAGCGGUGCAACAGAAAGAGGUCCUCCAGGGCACAUCUACCUCGGCAGUCACCUUGGCGACUGGCACCCCAGCUGCGUCCAUUGUCGCAACCCCUGGGACUGCUGCCAGUACCACUACUACUGGGGACUUCCAAGUCUCCACCGCCUCUGCAGAUGUAGCCGCAGACAUAGCAAAGUACACCAAUAAAGUAAUGGACACAAUAAAAGGAACCAUGACGGAAAUAUACAAUGAUCUCUCAAAGAGCACUUCAGGAAACACUGUAGCCGAGAUUCGCCGUUUAAGAAUAGAGAUCGAAAAGUUGCAGUGGCUACACCAACAGGAGUUAUCUGAAAUGAAGCACAACCUAGAGCUCACCAUGGCUGAGAUGCGGCAGAGCCUGGAGCAGGAGCGCGAGCGGCUCAUAGCGGAGGUGAAGAAGCAGAUGGAGCUGGAGAGACAGCAGGCCGUGGACGAGACCAAGAAGAAGCAGUGGUGCGCCAACUGUAAGAAGGAGGCCAUCUUCUACUGCUGCUGGAACACAAGCUACUGUGACUACCCCUGCCAGCAGGCUCACUGGCCAGAGCACAUGAAGUCUUGCACACAGUCAGCCACAGCCUCUCAACAGGAGCCUGAGACCGAGGCAGCCACAGACGUGGCGAGCAGGACCUCCACACUGACUGCCAGCACCCAGCAGACUCCUUUGGACUCUACAGCCACUUCCAUGGACAAGGACUCCGCUGCAGAAAAAGCAAAAGACGGCGUCAGUGUCUCUGUAUCCUAACCUCCAGCUUGUAGCCAGUUAUUAUUGUACGAUAUUCUUUGUAAAUCUCUUGUUCAGGACAAACUUUGAAAAUAUGAUGUUCAACACACCAGCCUGGGUAUGUAAAUGCUCCCUAAAAACCAGUGUUAAUGAUAAGAAAUUCCUAUUUCACGGCCACCAUCUUACAUUAUCACAGUAGCGUGUCCAAAGGCUACAAGUCCAAGAGAAAAGAAUUGUGUGUGCAAUCGGGAGUUGCCCACAAUUCAUUCUAUGUAAAAGAUUAGAGCUGCUGUGUCUGUCACGGCAGUACACUAUACGGAAUGUCCAGAAGGAGUACAUAAAAAAGCAUCAGGCCUGCUGCCUUUUGGUUUUUGGACAAGCCACAAAAUGAAGUCUUUGUUAUUGAGUCAAGAAGACUAAUGCAGGCCUCUGUGUCGCAGUAGAAGGAUUUAACAUGACCUCCCGCAUGUAAGAGAUGAAGAGGAACUUAUGUGCCAUUUGUAGUUCCCGGUGUCUAUCAAGGGUACAUUUCUUUUUAUAUUCUUCUAAUCUCCAUUUACAACCUUCCAUUCACAAGAGCCAAUCUCGCUCUACCACGGUUCAGCUGAUCAUUUGUGGAUGGUAUGUAGGAUGACAAGGAAGAAUGGUUCCCUUCCUGGUUCAACUGGAAUUGCCCCACCAUCAUUACUGUGACAUGAAAGUGCAUAAACUUGAGGAAGUUUCAGAAUAAGUAGUGCAUUUAACAUAUCAAAGUUCCCUAAAUGACAUUUUCAUUUGGGGGCAACUGCUGCUUAGAUAGGAGCACAUUAACUUUCAAUAUACUACAAAUGACAAGAGGGUAUAUGAGCAUGUUGUCAGAUUAAACUGAUGUUUUAGGCAAGUUGACAGAACACAAACUGAACAUGUAAGUUCUCAACAGACACUAUAGUAAUAGUUCUAAGCCCAACCUAUGUUUUCUGGUAACUUCCAAUAUGUCACUAUCCAAUUUUCAGUGCCCUUACUAUGUAAGUGGCAGUGAUUGUUUUAAAACUAUCAGGUUAAGAAUCAAGUUAUUUUUUAAAAAUUGUAUGUUUUUAAAAACCAGUGUAUAUUGGUUCAUGUCUACUAUUUCAACUUGUUACAGGAGACAUUUACCUAAAUUACACACAGAAUUUAAUGCACAGUAGUUCAAGCCUGCUCAGAUUUUUUUUUUAAAAGGUUUAAAUUGUAUGUCGAUUAUACCUACAUAAACCUUAAGAGGACUGUAGAGCAUACUUUUAUGCCUUCUGAGUCUGGUUUUUAAAAGUUUCUGCUGAGGUCACAUACUUGUGGAAGUGGGUUAUAAAGAGAAGCUAUUUAAGCAUAUGUCAGGACACCUCUUCAAAUAAGCCCCACCUAAAUAUGUCUCUUAGGUGGGGUCUAAUGGCUUCCCAUUGGAUAGACUGUUAAAUAUAUUCCCAGUGUAAAAAAUAUAAAAGGGAAAAAAACCUACUCCUGGCUGAGGAGGAAAAAGAACAAAAGUGACUGUAUAUUUCUAGUGAGAAUUUUUCUCACACAUUGUUUACAUUUGAUGUAAAUAAAGAGAGAAGGGGCUGAAAGAGUAGAGCCUUAUUUUCACAUGUGCACAGUACUUUUUAUUUAGAUCGAGACAGUUUUGGACCGUGGUAUGGAGGUAUGACCUACAGAAUGUUUUGUCUUCAUGUCUUUGAUUUUCUAUGAAGCUGUGUCAUUCAACUGGUUACAUUCAGCUUUUCAAAGAAACUUUCUUGCAGUACAAAUCAUGAAAAAAUGGGCAGUGUUAACCCCUAAUAUUUUAAAAUGCUAGAGCACACAUUUGUUGCCUUUUUGCUUCUCCUUUCCUCUCAGGUUGAAGGAAAUGGUUGUGUAAACAGCCUCUUUAUCACUAAUGUGGAACAACAAAAGGGUUAUGUUGCCAUCUUCAGGUCAAGGUGUGUGUGUGUAUUUUUUAAAUGUCUUGGCUUCAUUGUGUCUUUCUGUGUAAUGAAAGAGGAGUUAGUGGUGGAAUAAAUUCUUAACCACAAUAUUUAAAAUAUCUUAAAUUUCUAUCUUCAGAAAGCAGGUUUAUGACUUAUUUACAGCAGAGUUGAGAGGUCCAUGGAAGUCUCACCAACAGUGGUGUUAGUUUAAAAAAGUAAUAAAAGGGUUGGAAAAAUUAUAAAAAAAUAAAAAAAAAACCUUAAAUGUGAACUUAAUAUUCUUUGCCAACUUUAAAGAUGUAGAGGCUAUCAAUUUGUAUAUAUACACAUCCAUGAGUUACACUACAGUGUAUAGAGUUAGAAGCCUUUCUGAGUAUGGAUGUUUGUGGUACGUACUUUUUUAAAUCACCUGUAAAUAUUGCAAUGUGUGUUUUUUGGAUAUAAUAAAAGAAAAUGUAUAUUUCAUGUACCCCAAUAUCUUUUGUUACUGUUCUCUCCUUCUUCAAAAUACUGACAGUAUAUGAUUGUUACUGCAGUAACUCUGUGAAUAUUUAUAUUGUGUGCAACAUGUCUGUUUAUAUAAAAUGUUUUUCUAAAUGCAA